CAUGUUUUUAGGGACUAUUUCGGACCACGGUGCGCUCGGUUCUGCAAGCCGUCUCCCACUAAUUAUCGUCACAUUGCUUGCUCGUCGACCGGCGAGAAAAUUUGUCUCUGCAAACCACCCUUUCUAACGGUUUACCGCCUCAUCAUAGCUGGAAGGUCUUCGGGUGUAGGGCUGCGAUGUACAACGGGGGUAUUCAUACCCCUGUCACGGUCUCCCAAGCUGAGAAGGAGUCCGGAGUUUCCACCAGGAAGCCUAGCUAAGAGUAAACCAAUACCAGGAUCAGUCACUCUGCUGGUAGCAAACUAG